UCCUUUUCCUUCCACCAUUCACCACUGGAUUUGCUUUGCUCCAACCCUCCGUGGAUCCUGCAGCGUUUGGGGAGCUCUGACACCACAAUUCCAGGCUGAGGAGUUUUGUUUUCGUGGGGUCUCAGCAUUGCCAGGCAAAAAACUCCAGCAUGUGCAGCUGCUCUGGAGGAUCCAUCUGACUGUGCCUGAGCCUCCUGCUUUUCUUCUGGAGCUGCAGGAGGGGAAACUUGCUGCACAUCAGCACAGCCUCCUGCUUUGUGGGGGCUACAACCCCUGCCAUGCUCUGUGUGCUUUCCAUGGCCUUGGGAUAAACAGUGACCUGUUGGCACAGCCUUGAGAUCUCUGUUUGCCUGUUCUGAUGUCUCCAGCCCUGCCUUGCUUGACUGGAACACUCUCAGGAAUGACUGAGGGGUUUUAGUUCCUGAAUCCUGAUCCCAGAGGAGGAGGGGAGAGCCUCCUGCGUGUGCCCCUCUCCAGCUCUGCACAUUCCUCAGGCUCCAGCUGCAGCCCUGGACCCCCACCCUGCCCGAGAAAACACAGAACCUUUCAAGGAGAAGCACCUUCAGCAUGGCCCAGAAAAGCCAAACUGGUGGAACUGAGGAAAAUGAGUCGUCCCUCCUGUACAGCAAGAGUGGUUUCAAGGAAGGAGCCCUGCAGUGGGUGACAGAGCCCUCCCAAGGCCAGGUGCUGCUGGUGCUGAGCAUGGACAACACCUGCCCCAGCUCCUCCUUCGACAUGGACCUUUGUGCCCAGGAGCUGCAGGCCCUGGGGCUCCAGGUGCCAGGGGAUCCGUGGAGGAGGCUGAUCCAGGAGGGGCUGCUGAGGCCCCAGGUGAGGCGGUUCCUGCUCUACAGCUCCAGGGGAUUCCAGAUUGCCAUGGCUGUGGUUUUCUACAUCUGUCUCUGGACAAACCUUUACUGCACACUGCAGCUGAGCUCCCUGGGACACUCCUGGGGGGCUGCUGUGCUGGUGACCCUGGUGGCCCUGGCUCUCACUGUCCUGGUGAUCCUGGUCCUUGAGCAGCACCAGAGGAAGCUGAACGUGAACACAGAUGUGAGGCUGGCUGCUGUCAACGAAAUCUUUAUCAAGCACAACAUAAUCCUGGGGAUUACAGAUGUCCUGGAUGGGCCACACAACAUCCUGCAACUGUGCUUUGUGCACUUCAGCCCCGAGAGCUGCCUGCAGGCCCUGGCAGCCCACAUCACUCACCUGCAGGGGACACAGGCAGGCUUGAGGCAGAGGCUGAACAAGCUCUGUGUGGCCAUGGAUGUGGCAGUUCAGGAGGAGGAGGCUCCAUGUGAAGAAUCCCCUCUUUUAUCCAGCAGGGUGACCCUGAAUAAAGAUCCUGUGACCUGCAAUGAGCUCCUGCCCCUCAUCCCCGAGGGACCACCCGAGGCCAUGGCCCGGCAGCUCCUGGUGAUCUUCAGCGGCUGCUACGUGCGGCUGCUGCUCACGGGCCGGCUCCCCGGGGCACGGCCAGGCUCACACCUGGGGCACAGCAGCGUUCCGUGCCCGUGCCAGCUCAUCCAGAGCUCCGUGCUGAACCCCGGGACAGUGACAGGCUCACACCCGGGGCAGUGACAGGCUCACCCCUGGGGCGGGGACAGUGACAGGCUCACACCCGGGGGCAGUGACAGGCUCACACCGGGGGCAGUGACAGGCUCACCCCUGGGCAGUGACAGGUUCACACCUGGGGCAGUGACAGGCUCACCCCCGGGGCAGUGACAGGCUCACCCCCGGGGCAGUGACAGGCUCACCCCCGGGGCAGUGACAGGCUCACCCCCGGGGCAGUGACAGGCUCACCCCCGGGGCAGUGACAGGCUCACCCCUGGGGCAGGGACAGGCUCACCCCUGGGGCAGGGACAGGAUCACACCCGGGGGCAGGGACAGGAUCACACCCGGGGGCAGUGACAGGCUCACACCCCUGGGGCAGUGACAGGCUCACCCCCGGGGCAGGGACAGGCUCACCCCCGGGGCAGGGACAGGCUCACCCCCGGGGCAGUGACAGGCUCACACCGGGGACAGUGACAGGAUCACACCCGGGGCAGUGACAGGCUCACACCGGGGCAGUGACAGGCUCACACCGGAGCAGUGACAGGCUCACCCCUGGGGCAGUGACAGGAUCACACCCGGGACAGUGACAGGCUCACCCCGGGGGCAGUGACAGGCUCACCCCGGGGGCAGUGACAGGCUCACACCGGGGGCAGUGACAGGCUCACCCCCGGGGCAGUGACAGGCUCACACCCGGGGACAGUGACAGGCUCACACCGGGGGACAGUGACAGGAUCACACCGGGGCAGUGACAGGAUCACACCGGGGCAGUGACAGGAUCACACCGGGGCAGGGACAGGCUCACACCCGGGGACAGUGACAGGCUCACACCGGGGGCAGUGACAGGCUCACACCCGGGGGCAGUGACAGGCUCACACCGGAGCAGUGACAGGCUCACACCGGGGGCAGUGCCAGGCUCACACCGGGGGCAGUGACAGGCUCACACCGGGGCAGGGACAGGCUCACACCGGGGGCAGGGACAGGCUCACACCGGGGGCAGUGACAGGCUCACACCGGGGGCAGUGACAGGCUCACACCGGGGACAGUGACAGGCUCACACCUGGGGCACAGCAGCUCAUCCAGAGCUCCGUGCUCACCCCCCAGGGGCAGUGACAGGGACUGAGGGGCUGAAAACACCAGCAUAGAGCUGUCCCCAGACACCAGUGUGGAGAAGAUGUAACUCCUUGUCCUGGCUGAGUGAGUGGAAAUAGGACUCUAAUAAAGCUGCUCACCUUG